AUUUACGUUUGCUGAAAACUCCAAACAAGCUGAAAUUGAGUUGAAUUCCAUUCCGAUAUCGAAGAAUCUCGUCGGUUUUCAGCCAUGUCCUCGAUUCAGGAGCGGCUUCAGAUGAAGCGUGUGCCGUUGGAUAAGUGGUCGACGAAGGAAAAGUUGUGUCUCGCAUCAUCGGUUGCGUGCAGCGGCGAUCAAAACUGGAUGUCGGUGAGCCGGUCGCUGAAGAUGCUGUGCGGUGCGGAUCGUCCCAGCGAUUGGUUCGCACAGAAAUCCUGUGCCGCACAGUACGGCAAGUUGCUGGAGAACGUAGAGACACCGAAGCGCAAGAAAAGGACAGCGUCGGAGCGGGAUGGGGUGGCGGCCGUCGAAACACCGGGAGAAUCCAUCCUCCGUAAGCUCACCCAGGAGCGCAUCGUGGAGCUCAAAAAAAUCAUCCAAGAGGAAAGCCAGCAGUACACCAAGGUGAAGGAGGACAUCAUUCUCAUUCAGAGUGGCGUUACCGACGAGAAGAAGCUGCGUGAGAUGUGGGCACAGAUCGAGCAGGAACGGAUUACGAAGGAGAAGGAGGAGCAGCAGCAUGCACAGUGGCUGAAGGAGCGCGAAGAGAAGAAACUAGAACUGGAACGUCAGUGGCGUCCAAUGUAUCCAAACUCUCCGUCGGCCACCACCAAAGCACCGACACCACCGAUAAAAAUUAAAGAAGAAACGGACGAGGAUAGCCAAGGCUCCAACAAGUCCGCUACUUCACCCUUGCUAACAUCGUUGCUGAAGAAUCCUGGGGCUGGUACUCCCGGUCCGAGUAGUUCUCCUACUGCGCCUCAACAACAGUCACUCUCGGGAAGGUCUACUUCCUCACCUACGAUAACCAACUUACUGACCGGAGGAACAUCAGCGACAGCUAUAAAGAUUGGUUCACCAGUGCCGCCUAGUAUCGGUGAUAAGCAGCCCGAUAGUUCGAGUUCCGCUUUGAAGGCUACGGAGCCAAAAGAAGCCAAACCCUUUGGUACGGAGAGUGCCACCAGUACAGAUGCGUCAGCAAACGUUGUGAAGACAAAAGAAGCUGAAGCCAUCAAAACCGAAACGUUGGAUGUAGAGAUGGACAGUGAGGAUAUCGUUGAUCCAACGAAAGAUCUAAUGGACGUGCUGGAGGAUCUAAUUCCGGAUGAUUUGGAUGAAAUUUUGAAGGAAAACAGCGGCAUGAUACUGGAGGAUGUGGAUUUAAAGAAUGUAGUCGAGUCGAUCAUGGAAGAAGAGGGCGCAGUGCUUAAAGCCAAGGACCUCGAUGCUAUCGGACAUGGUACCGCAGACGUAGAGAUGGUCGAUGCGGCAGAAAAACUUGCCGCAACGGCUUCAAAAAACGAGCAACCAUCGGUGGAAAGUGUAGGUCAGUCACUACCACCGCAGCCUUCACCACCGACGCCACAACCGCAGCAACGACAACCUCCACCACUGCCCGAUAAACCUACGGUGGACGAUGGAUCCAGUAGCAGUAAGGACGAGGACGCUAGCGAAUGCGUGUCGAAGGAAAGCUCGAAACAGUCGACCGACGAAGAGCAGUCGACGGGCGACCUCGUGAAGCAGGAGGCUAAGGAAGAAAUCAUGGAGAUUAUUCCCAUCGAAGACAGUACAAGUAAUUCGCCAGAAACGAACCAAUCGAGUGAUGAAAAUAAGGAUUCGGCGGAAGAAACGAGCGGGCCCGAUAAUGCCGAUAGUGUUAUCGUUGUAUCAGAUUCUGCCAAGGAAGAGGAUGAAGAGGAUGUUCCCGUAGUCAAUAGUGACUCCAACGAUGUGCAGACCAUUGUAGAGGAUGACGAUUCGGACGAUAAACCGUUGGCAUCGUUGGAUGUAUCGGCGGAAUCGAACGUUCCCGCAGAACCGGUCAAAAUCAAUGUUGAUGAAGGCGAUGACGAUAAAACCAUAGUAAAGCCAUCAGUAACCAGCAUAUCACACGAUGCUUCGAUUCGUGCCAAGGAGUCAAGUGUACCGUUGAUGGAAGAAAAACCGGAAACACCAAUGUCGGUGGAUUCUGCCACACAACCUUCGGAUGAUGCGAAGGCUAAGAAGGAAGCAAUGGAAAAGUUAGCAGCCUCGGAGUACGAUUUCAAAGAUGACGAGGAACCGAUCGUACCGCUGUCGAUCCAAAAGGCGAAAGACGAAAAGCACGUGUCCGAGGACGAAGUGUUCGAGGAUGCGCAGGAAACGGUAACGGAAGAACCGGAAGAGAUGAAAGAACCGGAAGUCACAGAAAAGCCAGUAAAGAAAAGCAACCCCGAGGAUCCUGUGCUAACGGUCACCGAUACGGAUGAUGAUUCGCUAAUUGAAAUGAAGAUCGGAAAAGCGAAACGUGACUAUUCGCGACGCCGGCAAACCGACGAGGCGCAGAAGCUAAAAGACGAUUUACCGGGAUAUUCACGGACCGAGGAGACGCCAGAGGGCCGUUCGUUGCGAAAAUUGCGGGAUCGCGAUCGCUCCGAAAGCCCGUACGUCAUGCAGGACGAUGAAGUGAAUGAGAAAAUGAAACGCAGCUACUCCUCCACCCCGGUUAUGGACUCGAUACCGGGCUCACCAGCAUCAAGCGAGGAUCGUGACUAUCGUGCCUGGAAAAAAUCGAUUCUGGCCGUGUACGCUAGGAUUGCCGCAUUAAAGAAUGCGGACGCCUUCCAGAAGCCGCUUUCGGAAGAGUAUGCCGCUGACUUGAUCUAUAGACCGAUGGAUUUAGGGCAGAUUAAGCGUAACAUCGAGAACGGUAACAUUCGAACGACGAUCGAGUUCCAGCGAGACAUACUGCUCAUGUGCACGAACGCGAUUAUGCUGAACCGGAACGAUUGCUCGCCACAUGCCGCCCGGAUGCUGAUGCGGGAAAGUGCGGCACUGAUUGAGACGGGUAUGGAACAGAAAACGGUACGUGAGCGGGACAGUGAGCGGGGUACACACAAGCGAAGCUCGCGCAAAAGCUCAACAAGACAUUCUUCUGCGGGAAGAAACUGAAAACUAGACAAUCUAAGCACUAAUUAUUGAUACAGUCUCUUCGCGUGAAUACAAAUAAACCCUUUCAA